CAGUCUAUCUACAACUGGGGAUAAGCUGCAAGUCUAAGAGCAGGCAGUUUCCUUGUCAGUACCAGAAAUGGUACAAAUGACUGUGCAAAGCUACAGGAGGUCCCUGCAAGAGUUUUCAGAAAGUCCAGUUAUGCCAAGAUGCAAGAGUCUCAGCUCUUCCUACUCACUCACUGGUGCACCCAAGAGCAUCACUGAAUGGCUGUCACUUUGGGAAAAGGAUCCGGUGGAGAUUCUGCUUGAUUUGGGGUUUGGUACAGAAGAACCUGAUGUCUGCACUAAAAUCCCUCCUCGGUUCCUCAGUGGUGCUUCUGUAGCAAAAGGGAUCAACAUCCGAGUCUUUUUGGAAGCUCAGAAGCAGAGAAUGGACGUCGAGAGGCCAAACCUAUAUGAACGUUUUCGACAGCUGGAAGUACUUGACCACGUAACCAGUGCCCUCUCAUCUUUGCUGACUGAUGUCAACACCCAGCAGACCAAAGCACAGGAUGCCCGCGGGGAUGAGAUCGGUCUCCUGGAUGCUGCGAAGAGUAGACCUGUGGUCACGCAAGCAAAGAGGAGAAGACUAGGUCAGCUCCUGAAAAGGGCUUCUCGGCAGACAAUGCUGCUGGAGCAGGGCUCACCAGCACCUGGGGAAACCAACUUGCACAGCAGGAAAGAGCAACCUUGUUCUUGUGCAGAUAUUGUUGAGAGUGGGACAGCCCAGACACGCUUUCCUGCAUGUGUUACGUUGGGCUGCCUGGCCCAGGAGCAAACCACCAGAGACAGAGGUGCCUCGGCGUACCCCAUAUCCCAGUGCCCACCAGCUCCACUGAGGAAAGCCUGGGCUUCAUCACACCUAGUUGCAAAACAGCCCCAUCUUUCUCCUGCAUGUGAAGUGCCUGCCAAAGAUGGGCCAAGAAAGGAGCCACCUUCGCUUGUGGCCCACAUGCUGCAAAAAGUGGCCAACCUAAAGUGCAAGCUGCCAGACUCGUUUGAAAUGGAAGAGAUUCAGAGUUUUGAGGAUGAAGAUCCAUGUAGAAAUCCUCCUGACACCACUUCAGCAGAGGUGAUGGUGAGAAGAACAAGCAGCUGCCAGUCAGACAGCAGCGGGUUCAUGGAGGAGCUGCCAGAGCCUGUAGUUUUGCAAAAUGCAACUUCGUCAGGAAAGAUUAAUUUUAUUUCUGACAUCCACAAUCAAGAAACAGCUCUGUCACAUAGGACAGUUUUUCCUAUGUUAAAUCAAGAUUUUCAACAAAACCCAGAUAAUUGCGUUGCUGAGGGUUUCAUCACAGCUUGUGAGAGCAUUUUGGCAGUACCUAGGUCAACGAAAGCAUGCAGUGACCAUGGAGGAGAGACUCACCUGCUGUUGACUGCAGAAAAUAGCAUGUGUCAGACAUGUAAUGCUGAGCCACAGAGUUUUGUCCAAGAAAUGUUACAUCACAUGGGCAAGAAGGACGAUAAAACUGAAAGAAAGCAACUGGGAAAAGAGAGGUGCAUGAAAGAGCAUAGUCCUUGUUUUCAGGGUGAUACCCCGGGUAAAGGGGGUCCUAGCUCCUCCAAAUUUGAUUGCAAUUUAUAUUUUAGUACAGGACACAAAAAGGUGCAUGUAACCUUCGCUGAACUAAACGAUAUAAACCCUGCAGUCAUCAGUGAGAGCAAAAUCAGAGCUGAAGAUGAAGGUGAGAGGUUCAGGACUGAAAAGGACAUUGGAGGAGUUGCGUGUCAUGGAAGUGCCCACAGAGAUCAUACAGGUCAUGGUCAAAGACUCUGGUGGGGUGUGGAAGUGAUCAGCAAAGAUGGUACCCCACUUGCAGUGAAUGAGAUCACAGGCGGACAGAAGUCCUGCAAAAUGGACGGUGAUUCAAGAAAUGCGAGAUGCUCCCCCAAAAUUGGUCUCCCAGAAAUUCUGCAGUGGGGCUCAGCAGCACAAGGUGGGAGCAGUGCAGCUUCAAGCUGCUCUCUGCAAGUGUCCCGGAGGCAUCCCCUAGCGGGAGGGCCUCGGUUAAAGUCAUCUGAAGGUGAAAAGACUGGUAGCGUAGAGGUGUUAGGUGCUAACAAAUCAGAACAGGGAGACAGCAUCCAAACCAGUGAAAUAGCUUCUGCUCCUUCGAAAUCUGUCACUGUUCAGAUGUCCUCAGGGCUGGAGUUUACUUCAAGAGCGACAAGCGCAGGGCAAAACGCUCCUUUCAGUGAAAGUCUUGCUCGGGAAGAUCCUGCCGACUUCUCUGACACGUUAGCGUGCUGUCCUGAGGGUGGUCCUCUCUUACAAUCAGACCCAGGGGCUCCAAGGAACGGUUUGAAGCAGACCACUGAAGCCUCCAGCCAAACUGACACCCUCACCAGGAAACCCAGGUGGUCACGGCCUUGUUCACCCCAUACUCCCCUGACAAAAUCAGCCUCUCUCGACAGCAUGCUUUACAGAAAAAACAGGUCUCACUACUGGGGUGAAGCCUCUGGCUUCGCAUCACUUCAGCCAGAGCUUCACCGCUGUCGCUGCUGCUGCUGCUGCUGCUGCUGCUGCUGUGGCUGCUGCCCGUGGACCUGGCCAGUGGCUGCCUUUCCCCACCGCCCUGCGAGCUGCUGCUCAAGCCCAGCUGCUGCUGAGCUGCAGGUCCCGAAAGCGCCGGUGCUCCUACAGGACAGUGCAACAUGCAGGCUUGCUCCGCGUACCCUCCACGAAAUAGAAGCAAUGAAGAGCUCCUGCCAGCGCUUCCAGGAGAAGCUGGAUGAGAUUGAACAGCACCUGAGCAAACAGCAGGCACUGUUUUCCAGCUCUAUGCUAGAUGAAGAAAGGGAGGAAGGCAGGCACCUGCAACUCUUAUGCACAGCCGUUCGUCAGGAGGUUGCAGAGCUGGAAUUUUGGCUGAACGAUCAAGCUUGCCAGGUCAAGGAGAGCAUCCUCAUGCAGCUGGACCAAUUACUAGCAGAACAAUCCCAUCUGUUUUCUGAGCUCGGACUCUCUGAUUGGAAGGGAGAAAGAAAAGCCCAGAAUAAGCAAGCAUUUCCAGAUGCUGCUGACACCGUGCACCCUCAAAGUGGGUGCUUCAAGAUGGUGCUCCAAAGAGCUCCUAGCAAAACCACGACAGCAACGGGCUUGCUCUCUGCCCUGGCACCGGGGGCACCCUCGGUGCAGUUUCCCACCAGGACAACACCUGAGCCGAAUUCAGCUGAGUCUGCCCCACAGGAGCUCUCCAGCAGUAAAAAGGAAUAAAAGGACCUCCCCAAGCACAAAUGGACUUCAAGGCAUUUAUGCACAGUGUAAGGAGCUGUUUUGGUCUCACCCUCAAAGUUUGAAGUGCAAGUGAUUGCUGAGCUGCAAUGCAGUUUUACUAUUCUGUGUCUCAUUGCCACAGCCCAGACCAGGACCCUUCCCUGUUAAGCCACACGUUCAUCCAGAGGGAUGGAGCCCAUGUUCCAGGGCACUUCCAGGCUGCAUGGGCAGCACAGGCAGAACUGGGACUGGACCUGCCCUGAUAUUUCUCAGUGAGCUGUGGCAAUGAUCUAGGUGCUCCAGAGAGAACAUGUAAAUUACAUGGAUCCUGUUUGACUUGCUUGAACUUUCAAUGCAACUGUUUGACUAAUUAGUAUAUUCAACUCUCCCCCACCACUGAAAAUAGUAAUUUACGGCCUCAAAUUGCAGAGACAAUUAUCCAGUUUUACAAGGGCAGUAAAGGCAGUGAUCUGGAAGGUCUGUUGUUUUGCUGAAGAAAUUAAAAGUCAGCAUUUCUGACUGAUCUGAUCUCACAUUGUAACCAUAAAAAACUGCUUGCCUGCCUUUGAAAAUACUAAAUAUGUCUAGAAAAUCUCUUAGAUAGCUGCCUUAUCAUUUAAUGGUCCCAAUUUUUAAAGGUUUGAUAAUUCUUAUAAACAAACAAUCAGGGUUAAAUUCUGCACAAGUAAACAUCAUAGGAGGGAAUGCUCUGUAUUGUAGUCUUACAUUACUUCAUUGAUUUAUGUUGAUAUUACCACAGAUAUCAGGCUCCUUAGCACACAAUUCAAAGAACCAUAGACAGUGAGGAACAAGGAAAAAUUUAAAUAUUUGAGAUCAAGCCUUGUCAUUUUUUGCACCCAUUUCCUUUUAAGACUAGUCUUGGUCAUUAUCU